AUGUACCCCUUCGUGCUGCUCCUCCUCGCCUGUUUCGGGCUGGCUCUAGCUGCUCCCUACCCCGAACCACCUACCAAGCUCCAGCCCCGCGCCCCUCAAGCUUCCAAACGAAUGGGCCAGCGCCGCCGCCGCGCCGUCCCAGAGAAGAAGGAAUACUCUUCCUUCUUGUGUCCUGCCGCAGCCAUUGCUUGUCCGCUCACCGACGGCGGCGAGCUGAAUGAGUUGGCGGACUGGUUCCGAGUUGGCUUUGAGUGUAUCGACCCCCAAACCGAGUUGGACCAGUGUGGCGGAUGCGUAGUGACGGGCAAGGGUGUUGUCGGCUUUGCUGGCGCAUAA